GCUGUGAUUGCUAGCAUUUGACAUUUCCUGUCAAAAUAAGUGAGGUUAUGUCUGUAAACAAAAUGUAAAUAAAACGCUCCAAAUCAGUAAAUUCACCACAAAAUCAGUAUUAUUUCACCUCGGUGAUCACCCCACGACUCAUUUAAACCAAACCAACGCGAAUGUGUAUGUCGUCACCACGCGUCCCCCCAUUUAUGGCAUCGCAUUAAAAUUCUGGUGACAAAAUGUGUGAGUAGAUAAGGAAACAAUGUAAUCAGAAGAACAACAGUAAGUGUCCCACAAUGCAUGUCAUCAACUAUUUCAUAAUAUAUUGGAAACCAUUGGCUUGGUCUCUGCUCCUCUUACUCGUGACAUGUUUGAGCCAGUUUUUCACGUUGCCCAUAAGUGGUCUUUAUUUGCUGGGCUAUGUCGUAACAGUCGCAAUAUCGACAACUUGGGUGAGCUUUGUGACAGUACAGAAUUUUUUGCACCAGAACAAACCGCUAAAUUUGGCAAAACUCCUCAAUUUUAAAGUAAAACAAUUUGACGAUCAUUUCAACAAUGCGGCCUCAAUCAAGCAACUAACUUUAGAUAUCGACAAGUAUUUUAUCGAAAAGUGGUUUGUUUACAUCAGUAAAGACCCGACUUUCAGUGAUGAGAGUCGGGUCAUUCUCGAGGAGAUCCUCCGGAAAAUUAUCAAUGUCCAGUUGAAUCUUGAUAACGAAGUGAUCGUUCAAGGGGUUCUCAAUUUGUAUUUGAAACACUUGAAAGAGUUUCGGCGGAGUUUGAAACGCAGGGAUAAAUAUUCGGGGAAGAUCAGCGAUCUGUACAGAUACUCACACAUGUGCAGUGCUUCAAAGAAAGCAAAAAGUUAUUUCAUUCAUCAGCUCACCAUUAAUUUAUUGAACCAUUUCAUCAACUGGGAAUUGGGAAAUUCACUACCGUACCAAGUUCUAGUCUCUAUUAUUUCAAAAAAAGUCAUGACGUACAUUUUGAAAUUGCUAUCGAACCCAGAAUUUAUAAAUUAUUACAUUUUGAAAAGUUGUGCGCCAGAAAACAAGAUACAGGAACUGAACUUGAACAGUUAUAAUCGAGUCAAAAUUACUAAAAUUACGGAAAAAGGUGACACCACACCUAGCGAUCUAGUCAAGUCAAUGAGCAAAACAAACUUGGCCAAAGUUGACACAAUUGAGCCUCAGACCAAAGAAAUAGUUGAAUUUAAAACUGAAGAUGUAAAGAUUUAUGAGCCCAAAAGUUGCAAAACGUGGUACGAUUCGUUAGACUUGACUUCAAUUCCUUUGGGGCAAGAUAUACUCGAUAGUAUCAGUCUGGGAGAGUCGGAUAAGGAUGUUGAUAAUACAGAAUUGGAAAAGGAGGAGGUUUUGUCUCCGAUUUCUUCAGCAAAGAAUCUUCUUGACGAAAUGAAGCAAAUGACCAAUUUUGAGGGUUUGAAGACUUCCAUGAAACCGAUAAGUGACGCCACGGCUACUACGAUUCAUAAUAUCAAAGAUUUUCAAGAAAGUACAGUAAAUAAUGUUGUUAAGCCUGUGUCACAGGUCACUUCGACUGCAUUACACAGAAUUGGUGGCUUACACUUACAGGACGAGGCUGCAGGAGUCGUUGAAGGAAUUUUGGAUUUUGGUAGAACCCGAAUACGUAAAGGUCUUCGUCUUACCGGCCUUCAAGACAGCCCCCCUGAGGAGCCCAUAAAACCCCCAAAAAAGCAAAUUGUCAAAAUGGACAAAAUCGAUGACUUUGAAACAACUUGGAUCAAUCCAGUACAAGAGGAACAACCAAAACCUGAAACUGUAACCAAAGUCCCUUCGAUACAAACUCACGAAGAAAUAAGUCCAGAACCUGAAUAUGAAGAAGCCGCUGAUUUAGCAACAAGUAUCGCAAAAUUGCGAUCAUUGCUCGAGCAAAAGUCAUCUGAAUCGAGUUUAUCGACACCUGCCGUCAGUCCGAUGCCACAGGACGAUAUUUCUAAUAAAAUUUUGCUAGAAGACGGUGACGAGACCGACGGUGUAAUGCCGAGUUUUUAUAAAUUUUGUGCAAAAACUGCAACUGGGGUCAUACAUAAUACGUUAAAUACGAUCAAAACGGCUCUUCCGGGAAAUGUGGCAGAGUGUGACAGAUAUGAUGGGCUGGAGAAGUGGCUGUUUGUUGAGGCGAACACGACGGAUUGCGAUUUGUACGAACGUAUGACUAAACUUCUCGGCGAAAGGAAAGUUUUCUGCACAGUAGACACGGCCUAUGAAGCUCUCGAUUCCUUAGAAUCUCUCCAACAAACCGACAAACUUCGUCAAUCUAAUAUCCAAUUCGACGAUGAACUCGACGAUUUUGAAGUCAAAUUACCGAUUACUAAAACCCUGUUUGACAUUUUAUGCGAACUUUUAGCAGACAACAAAGAAACGUCUCUGACCCAGGAACCAGUCAUCAAAUCUAUUUUAUUACUUUUUGGAAAUUAUAUUGAAGAAACUGUUGUAACACAAGCUAACUAUUAUCUACGUUAUUGUUGUGCUAACGCUAAAAUACCUUCAGAGGGUAAAAUUGAGACGCUUUCUAUGGAACUGGAAGAGUUUGUUACAGUUGUUUUGAGCGGUAUUCCAAAUUCUUUUAAAUGUCUAGUAGGGGAAAAUACAGUAAAAGAUGUUAUAAAUUUGUUGGUUUCUUCCUUGCAAAUCGAGAAGAUCAAUCAGGACAUCAUGUUGCAAGUUUUUGAAAUACUUUGCAUGAAAUUAAUGGAAGGGAGUAAACAGCUAUCGCCGAUGAUUUCAGCUUAAUUGUAUUAAUGUUGUUACGCUUUGAAUAGAUUUUAUGUCAAUGUUUAACAAAUGUAGAAAAUAAAAAGACACGUUUUAUUACACGAA